UUCGAGGGCGAAAUGACGGAAACAUGGAGUUGGGAAUGAGCAACAUUUCCAGCGUUCCCUGUUCCUGUGGUGGAUAGAAUUGAGCGAGUGGUUGGUGGAGUGCCGCGAUGUCGAGCCUGUGGCUCUUGAACGAGACCGUUCGUCUCCGUACGGAAAUCACGGAGACGAUCGUUAAGAUCACCAACAUCAACAAUCACCUGUACCUGCUCACCAACAACAACAAUUUAUAUCACGGAUUUGUGGAAACCGUCGACGAUCGUUCUCACUUUCUAGAUGUGGAACUGGUGGUCAAGGAGGAGUUCAAACCGGUGGACAUUGAUUGUUACAAAGAUACUUUGUUCAUAGUCAACAGGGAUGGCACGGUGUUGAAAUGCAGCGAAAAUUUGGAAAUACUCAACGAAAUUGAACUGUUGGAAGAGUUUAUGUGCAACCGAGGCCACAACGGCACGAAGUGUAAGAUGAAAGUGAAAAAGAUGGCUGUGGGUGAAUAUGGGAGGUUGUUCAUCACAGAUGCGGGUCAUUUGUGGGCCUCCGGAUUUAUGCCGCAAAUCGGUAUCAAUUGUGAGACGCCCAAACGGGUCAACUUCUUCAUGGGAAGAUUCAUAUACUCGGCGAAUGUGGGAAACGAUUUCGCAAUUGCAAUAGUCAGUAAACAGGUGAAAAGUGAUGAUGGCGAGAGUGAUGAGGAGGAGGUGUUCCAAUCCAACUGUCCCAAGUGUUUGUCAUCAGCCUCACAGCUGACGUCACCCACCUCCCUCACUUCCACCAUGUCCGAUGUUUGUCUGUUGGGUGUUAAGGUUUUAGGCAGUUACGACAUUGAAACAACGUCCACAAGUAGCAAGAACGACAGCAGCGUCGUCAGUUCAAACGAGAAGAUUAACGAUAAUUGCGCCGAGAAUUGUUCAGAUAUCAAAACUGAAAAGAACAUAAUAUUUAGAAACACGGAAGCUGCGAAGGAAUUUCUCACCAGACAAAUAUCCAGAAUGUCUUCGGCCGGUGAAGAAUAUCUGGUGGAGUGCACCGAAAAACCGACGCGAAUUAUCAAGGAAAACAUGACGAACGUGGCAAGUUUCGUUUACGAAGGUGUGAAAACGGUCGGCGACAAAGUCGUAACGCUCUCCCGUCACGUCAGCGGCAGUUCGGACUGCAACAGCAUCAUCGAGAACAACAACGAGGACGAUUCGAAACUGGACAAGACCACGUCGAAGGACGAACUGUUGCUGUCCGUCAGUCAGUGCACGUCCGAAAAGGAUCUGUCCGAGCACGAGGUGCACGACCGCAUCAACAUGAUCGUGAAGGCCGGAUCGAACGUGUUGAACUGCGAGGUGUGGACUUGGGGCAACAUCGUGCACGGCCAGCUAGAUUUAAGUGAUCGAAUUUGCGAUUGCGACGACAAUUUCCCAUUCAUGCCCUCAGACAAUUCAGACAGUGUCAAUCCCAUACUUCAAUUCUUUAAUAAAAUCAUCGGGACUAAUAACGAAUACAAACUCCCGUCACCAACAGGCAUCGGCGACAUAAUAAAAAGAGAGCGACCGAUGAUAAUAACGAAAUUGUCGAACGUGGGCGUGAAAAAAGCGUCGGUGCAAAGUUACCACGCCGCCGUUUUGACGUUGGACGGUCGAGCUUUUAUCUGGGGCCAAAACGACUACAACCAAGUGACGUUGGACAACAACUUCGAUCAGAGUUCGCCCAAGUUGUACGCAUGCAAAAACGAUGAACGCGUCAAAGACGUGGUUUGCGGUGAGCAUUUCACCGUCCUACUCACCACCAACUCGGACGAAGCGCUGUACUUGGGCAAAGGUGCGAGCAAAUUGGCCGAGCUGAAGCUCCGUUCGUCCGACAACGAUUCGAAACGACGUGCUGCGUUCACCAAUUUGAUUGCGAGUAAACAGUACGUGCUGCUGAACGAAGGACGACGUGACGAUCAAGUGGCGAUGAAUUUCUUAAAGGACGAGCAAAGGAUGCUCGAGGAAAUGAUCGCCGUUCACAUGAACGUCAUAAAACCGUUGCAGAAGAAGAACACGACCGCUGCGAACGCCGGUUUGCUUGAGGCGUUGUGCAGAACGUACAGUGAUUUGCUCUACUUUUGGGCGGCCAACGUUCAGUCUCUGAUCGAAUACGCCGACGGUCUCAUCUCGAUUAACGACGUCGUCUUGUUCAAGUACAACGACGAACAUCUGACUGUUUACAAAAGUUACAUAAACACGAUCCACAACAUAAUUAGUGUGAACGCCUUCCAAAACAUAUCGAAGCUGGUGGAGAUUUCUGCCAGUUUGUACAAACUGAGGCCGGACACUUUCAGCAAGAAGGAUAAGAAUAACGAAGAAGCCAUUUCUUUCUAUCUCGUGUCUCCUCUGACUCGAAUCGCGCACUACAAAGAGAUUAUUCAACAUUUUUGCGGCGAAAACGAACCGAAAAAGGAAACAUUCAACAAGUGGAACGAGUUCAUAGAGUUUUACGAAAACAGUAAGAAACAGGCGGAGGUGACCAGAGAUUUUUGGUUGAACGGCGGCAGACAAGUCGAAUUUCUCAAGACUCCGGAACGACGUUUGCUGAAAGAGAGCCACAAGGAUCCGAUCAACUUGCUGAACGCCAGUCGUUUCUCGUCGCACUGGUUCGUCCUGUUCAACGACCUGUUCGUGCAUUUGAACGGCUCCACGUCGUACCUUUUCAGCCUUCCGAUGAUUUGGAUCGAACCCCAACAGCAAGACGAGCAACAGACCCAAUACCAUCAAAUCUGUCUAAAAAUGCCCGAGGACUGUCUCAGUCUUGUGACCACGGAACCCGAAUCUAAAAUCGAAUGGUUCCACGCUCUGCAAACGGCGGUGAAACAAUCGCUGAAUCGCGGAGGCGACGCGCUGCAACCGCCCCUGGUGCGGCACGGCACCCAUAUUUUCACGAAAGCGGGUUUUUUCAAAGACGCCAAAUACACCGGAAGAUGGCACAAUGCCAAAAUGCAUGGACACGGCGUCGUCGAAUGGCCCGACGGCAGAGCGUACACCGGACAGUUCAGCAACAAUCAACUGCACGGUUACGGUGAAAUGACCGUUCCCAACGUGGGUGAUUACGAGGGCCAAUGGAAAGACAACCAGAAAAACGGAUUGGGAGUGAUGCGAUAUGCGAACGACGACGUCUACCGCGGCCACUUUAAAGACGGCGUGCCACACGGCCACGGUUUCCUACGCAAGGGCAACUUCAUGGCGAGUCGUGCCUCCUUUUAUAUCGGUGACUGGGCUGCCGGCUUGAAAUGUGGAUACGGCGUGAUGGACGACAUCGCUCAGGGCGACAAGUACAUCGGCAUGUGGGCCGACGACAGGAAACAGGGCCAGGGUGUGGUCGUCACCGCGGACGGAGUCUAUUACGAGGGCAACUUUCAUCAGGACGUGUUGACCGGACACGGAAUCAUGAUUCUGGAUGAUCAGACGCACUACGAAGGCGAGUUCAGGGGCAUCGGAGUCUUGAAUGGACGAGGCACGCUCACGUUGCCGUCCGGCCACGUGGUGGAGGGCAGCAUGAGUGGUUGCUGGGCUGACGGCGUCAAAAUUAACGGCACCUUGAGUCGCGGUCAGGGUCACAAGAUUCCCAAGUCGUUCGAAACUCUCUGUACUCCGGUACAUUUGAAGUGGAAGGCGCUCUUCAAGCAUUGCCACCACGUUUUGGGUAUACAAGAACAAGACAGCAGGAACGAUGCGAAGGAAACUCAGAAGAUUUGGCAAAACGUGGCCGUUUAUUUGUCAAAUGCGACCUACUUGAAACGGAAGAAGAACGAACAAAAGUUCCGCAACGGUCUGAAUCACGUGGACAUCAUUCCCUCUUACGGUAUGGACAAACUGGAUGUGGACAAUUAUAACGAAGUGAAAAAUUACUUGCUCAAAGCGUUCGAAAGUCCGUAUCAUCCGUUAGGAUCGUUGCUCAACGAUCUGUCCGAAGCGUACACCACGACCUACGGAGGCAGAGCGCAUCCGCUUCUGCUCAAACACGCAAUUACCGAACUGAUAUUCAUCACCAAAAGACUGUACGAAAUCGUCCGUUCUUUGUUUCCCGGUUUGCCCGCUUACGGCAAAGACCUUUUGAUCACCGACGACAGCGGCAGUGAUUACGUUGUCAAUUACCAAUCCCUCCUCUACCCGAUUAUUUUGCCGAAAGUCCAUCAUCCAUUGUUCACACUGUUCACACUGAACAAUGAGGAACAGGAACGACAAUACAAACGUACGCUGAUCGAAUGGAACAAGCAAACGGACUACACACUGAUGGCGUUCCUCUCCGUCGAUCAGAAAUUCCUAAAGACUGAAGAUUCGUAUCCUCCCCAUUCGCCGUUGAAGAAUCACGUCUUCGCCGAAGCAAUAGAGACGUUGCAACAGAUCAAAUCGACUUUCUCGCCCACCGACAAACUGCUCGUGAUUAUUCAAACGGUGGAAAAGAUGAAACCGGUGGCCCAAGAUAUUUUAGGUAAAAGUUACAUUUGGAACAUGGACGAUUUGUUUCCGUUGUUCCUGUACGUUGUCGUCAGAGCUAGGAUUCCCGAUUUGGGAUCGGAAUUGGAUUUCGUAGAGAACUUUAUGGAUCCCAGUUUGGAGAGCGGAGAAUUGGGAAUCAUGUUCAUCACCCUCAAGGCUUGUUACCAGCAAAUACUCAAAGAGAAAUCUUCCAUAAUUUAACGGACCCGUCGUCGUCAAUACAAAUAUUAUUAUAUAUACAUAUAUCUAAAGCUGUUGUAAUUAUACAUAUAUUUUUAUUUCUGUUAUGGAAACAAUACUACGUGAACGUUAUGUGAUAAACGAACAAAAUGGAAUUAUUUUUAUAGUUUACGUUAUUUACAUAGAAUUUUUAAAAACAUAUCAAGCAGCAUCUGUAAAUAUACACCCGCCGAUCAGACGACCAGAUUCAACAAGGUAGACAUCAAUUAAAUCUCUCCCUAAUUGUACCGUUCGUUUGUUUGUUACUUUACCAAAAAGUAGAAUCCAGUGUACCCAGUGCGAGUCAAAAAGAUUAAUUUACUAGUCAGAUAACAAACAAGGGAUUUAAUUAGAUUGUUUGUUUGUCGUCUAGAUAUUUUUUGUUGUACCUGAUUUAUCGAGUCAGUCAUUAGUGACAAUCGUCAGAAAUAAAAUUCUGUGCAAUAAAAA